CCCACACCCUCACCACCACGAUGCCCGCAAAGGUCACAAACGGCAGCAAAGCGAAGGCUGCAGGACCUUCUGAAAAGAUGGCAGCCGUAAAAGGAGCCAGAGCUGCAUUAAAAGCAGCACCCGCAUCGUCGUCGUCGUCGUCGUCGUCGUCUUCUUCAUCCUCAUCCUCAGCUUCAGCUUCUUCCUCGGAUACUUCCUCCGAUGAAGGGAUUGACCAGGAGGAGGACGUACCUUCUGGCCCACGCAAGUCGGAAAAAGCCAAGGGAAAGCAGAAGGAAAGCUCCACUGACGAUGAGGAAGAAGGUGACAGCGAUGGUAGCAAGGAAGAGGAGGACAGCGAAGACGAAGGGCCAACAAUCGAUCUUGACAAGAUCCGUAAGAGAAUGCAUCAUGCCCUUCGACAUCUCACCUCAGCUAGCAAGCGUGCUCGUCAGUUCGAGGUGCAACGCCUGGUCAAGCGCAUUAAGUCUGCCUCUUCAGCCGACAAGAGCUCCCUCGAAGCCCAGCUUCUAAUAUUCAAGUCGAUAGAUCUACAAAGAAUAGCAGCCACGUGUCUUCUCGGCAAGCUAGGAAAGGCCAAGCUCCUGCCAAGGGGGCCUACUUCGAAAGACUUCAAAAGCGCCGAAGCUCAGAGUGAGCAAAAGGGCGUGGAUACUUUCCCUCUACUGACGGGCGUGUGGUCCGAGGAGGGGCUCAGGCAGGUCUGGACGGACGCGAGCCCACCGGCGGAUCUUGCAAGCGAUGCAGAAAAGGUCAAAGCGAAGCUGCUGAGCAGCAAGUCGCUUGCGGAGGAGUCGAGUCAGAUGGUAGAGACUUUGGGCAGACUGGCGGGCAGGGUGAAGCCAAAGGCGGUUGCAGAGACUCCGGCUCUGGACGGCAAAAAGACAGACCAAUCGGCUCAGGGAGCAGCGACAGUUGCCAAAGCUCUCAAAGAAGAUGACGAGCGGAUAUGGUCUGGCUCGGAGGAUGAAGAGGAUGAGGACGAAAUCGAGCAGCUAGGCGAGAGCAGUGAAGGCGAAAGUGAACAGGAGGAUCUCGAUGAAGAAGACAUACAAGCACGCGUAGCUGCACUAGGCGACCUUGACAAGUGGGACGCUCUUGUCGGGGCAGGCAGCAGCGACGAAGAGGAUGAAGCAAGCGAUAGCGAAUCAGAUGCUGCAAGUCAAGAGAAGGCGGCCCCUGUCAGCAAGAGGAAACGCUCUCCAUCUCCUCGCGACUCCAAGCCAGCCAAGAAGACGGCGAAGAAGAGCGACGCAAAGGCGAGCUCGAAGCUUCCAGCACUCUCGAGCGACGAGGACAGUGAAGACGAAGCGGACCUUCCCUCGGACGAUGGAGAUGAAUCAGAUAGCGACGCCAGCGACUUCUCCUCUGAAGGCUCCAGCGCCUCCUCCUCUUCCUCUCGCAAUCUUCCUUCCCUUUCGCACGGCUUCCUCGCACACUCUCGCCGUCGCCGUGUAGACGAUGACUUCAGCGGCAGCGAAGGUUCAGACGAUGACGACUACGAAGGCGAAAUUGAGGAAAAUCCGGAGGACAAGGCAAGCAAGGCAAAAGGCGUCAAGUCUGCCAAGGAACGCAAGAACAGGAUGGGCCAGCGGGCAAGGAAGGCCCUCUGGGAAAAGAAGUUCGGCCGCAACGCCAACCACAUCAAGAUCCUUGAAAAGGAGUCUCCGAAGAAGCGGUCUGCCGAGAAGGGUACGGACGGCAGCGGCAAGCCGGCCUACAAGCCUCUGCGGCGUGGCAGGGACGGCAAGGUCAUACCGGAGUUUGAGGCUCCAAAGCAGACGGAUGCUGGAUGGAAGAAGUUCCCCGUGGUCGCACCUGCAUCAGAGCCCGCUGCUGCAGCGCCGUCGCCUGCACGUAGUCCUGCUGCCCCUCCAGGUCGGGGAGGUAAGCCAGUGGCGAGGGGAGGCGAUCGACGUCCGCCCAGCACCGCUCCUCCUGUGAGGUUCCAGACUCAGGAGAAGCAGCAGCAAGAGCAGGAGAUGCACCCGAGCUGGUUGGCCAAGCAGAAACAAAAGGAGAGGGAGGACCUCAUUGCUCGUUCCUUGGCAGGUGGAGCUGGUGCGGGCAAGAAGGUGACAUUCGAUUGAAAUGCCGUCGAAAGUGAGCCAUCUCGCGGAACUAGGAACAUAUACACAUUGCACUACUUUUGCCAUCUGUAGUGAUCUCCUUCAUCUAGCAAACAGUCUCACUACCUCGUCCACCUUGACCUCUAAACCAACUCCAGCACCCUUGUAGCAUUCGUCCUGUAUGCGCAUCGUCCUCUCAAUCUCCCUGACAAAGUCAUGCUCACAGCGCCUCCAGACUUUCCCCACAACGGCCCUGCGCUCCUCCUCUUCUGCUGCAGGACCCGUGACCAGUUCACCCGUCUC